AUGAAUAGCGAUAUUGUGUUGAUAGAUUCUGAUUCGGACGAGGGGUUGAAACGAAGGAAUUCAGAUGCUGAUGGUGCCCUGCUGCAAUUGUAUAAACGAUAUCACACAAGUGACGAACAAAUAGCGACUGAGGAGAAUGGUAACGAUGCAGUCAGUGGUCUGAGUCUGAACGAGAUGGUCGGCGAAGAGUUAAAUGUGAAAGAAUCCACCAAUGGAUCAUCCUCACCUGUCAAUGACGAUAUCAAGCUCAAAGGUAAUCGUGUUGAGUUUGACACUUCCAGUGAACUGGAUUCAAUGGAAGAAGCUUUUGAUGCAAGAGAUUUUCUUCGUACAUUUGGUAGAGAUGAAUUUAUUAGGAAUUUCUUACCUCAAAACACAGCAGCUCCCGACAUCAUAAGGGCUAUAGAAAUAUUGGGAUUCAAAGUGGACCCUUCAAUCGAUACAUCUGAUAUGUAUCAAUUAAUCAAUUAUUUGAGAGAGAUAUUUGUAAGAGUAAUGAAGAAUCGUAUACCACUUGAUGAUUUCUAUUCCAUAGAUCAUGUAUUAGAGAAGAUCAAGUCGAGUAAUAACAUCAUAGUUAUCACUGGUGCUGGUAUAUCCACAAGUCUUGGAAUUCCAGACUUCAGAUCAUCAAAAGGUUUAUACUCUCAAUUGACUUCAUUAGGUUUAAGUGAUCCCCAGGAAGUUUUCGACAUAGAAUUAUUCCACACUGAUCCUAAAAUAUUUUAUUCAAUAGCCCAUAAGAUUUUACCGCCAAAAGAUGUGUAUACUCCAUUGCAUAGUUUCAUUAGAAUACUAGAGUCAAAAAAUAAAUUAUUAAGAAACUACACUCAAAAUAUCGAUAAUGUUGAGCAGAAUGCUGGGAUCUCAGCCUCAAAGAUUGUUCAAUGUCAUGGGUCAUUUGCCACAGCUUCCUGUGUUACUUGUAAAUAUAAAGUUGAUGGAGAGAAAAUAAGAAAAGACAUAGAAUUGAAACAACCCGCUUUUUGUCCUAAAUGCUCCAAACAAAGAAAAAAGCUUGAAAAAUCGGAUAAUUAUUACCCUGAAUCAUAUGGAGUGUUCAAGCCUGAUAUAACUUUCUUCGGAGAAGGUUUACCUUCUAGGUUUCAUGAUUUGAUCAAUGAAGAUUUACAACAAUGUGAUUUACUUAUUUCCAUAGGUACCUCAUUACAAGUUGCACCUGUGGCUAAUAUUGUGGAAAAAAUACCAGCCAAAAUUCCACAGGUGUUGAUUAAUAGAGACCCCAUCCCUAGAUGUAACUUUGAUGUUUCCAUAUUAGGGUUUUGUGACGAUGCAGCGGUUUAUUUAUGUAAAGAAUUAUCGUGGGAAUUAGACCAUGUCAAAUUCGAAGAAAUCUUGAAAGGAGGAAUCUCACUCAAUUGUUUAAAUGAAUAUGAAGGAACAUAUAGGGUAAUUAAUGAUUCUAGACCCCCUCCUGGGUCAAUAAGUGAUUCACAAAGUCAAAGUGAUGAAGAUAAUGAUGAAAGUGAUGAAGAUUAA